CUAUUAGCGCGCGUUUCUCUAGACUAGCAAGCAACAUGAUUCGCUUUGGCCACGGGUUUCGUAUCUCUCGAGCCAACGCCUUUGCUCGGCGACUGUCCUCCUUCUCAGCUGCCCAGCCUAGUUCCAACACUCAAGCCGUGAUUGAGCGCGAACUUCGCUACGGCGGCCACAACUACAAACCUCUACCGGUCGCGUUGAGCAGAGGCGAAGGCGUCUUUGUAUGGGACGUCGACGGGCGACGCUACUUCGACUUCUUGAGCGCAUACUCGGCUGUGAAUCAAGGACACAGACACCCCGCCAUUGUAGCGGCUUUCUUGAAACAGGUUGACCAGCUUACUUUGUGUUCUCGAGCCUUUCACAGCGACGCUCUAGGCGAAUUUGAAGAAUUUGUUACUAAACUAUUUGGCUACGACAAGUUGAUUCCAAUGAAUACGGGGUCAGAGGGAGUGGAGACGGCCAUGAAAUUGGCACGACGAUGGGCAUACGAUGUAAAGGGAGUGCCAGAAGACUGUGCACAGCUCAUCUUUCCACACGAUAACUUUGCAGGACGCACACUGGGAGUUAUCAGCGCGUCGACAGAUCCGGACAGUUUUGGUGGCUACGGACCCAAUCUUCCUGGCAUUGUCAAGAUCCCGUAUGACAACCUGGAAGAAUUAGAGGCAGCUGCAAGCAAUCCGUAUGCCGCUGCCUUUAUUGUUGAGCCCAUUCAAGGAGAAGCCGGAGUGAUAAUACCCAGCGACGGCUACUUGAGAGGCGUUCAAGAGAUUUGUAAGAAACACAAGGUUCUGUUCAUAGCAGAUGAAAUUCAGACUGGAUUAGGACGGACGGGAAGGCGUCUGGCGUGUGACCACGAAUCAGUGAGACCCGACAUUUUGCUUCUGAGUAAAGCAUUAUCUGGAGGCCUCCUUCCGUUGUGUGCAAUUUUAGCCGACGAUGAGAUAAUUCUGUGUGUCAAACCCGGCCAACAUGGCUCGACGUAUGGAGGAAAUCCUCUGGCAUGCAAAGUUGGCAUUGCAGCUCUAAAGGUGUUAGAGACAGAAAAGCUGGCCGAUAAUGCCGAUCGACUGGGAACUAUUUUCAGGAAAGAGCUCGAAAUGAUCAGCAAAGAAAAAGUGACGACUGUAAGAGGGAAGGGCCUACUCAACGCCGUAGUGAUACCCAAUCGAGCAGAAUAUAAUGCCUGGAAUGUCUGCCUGAAGCUACGAGAUAACGGUCUGCUGGCAAAGCCUACGCACAAUGAUAUCAUUCGAUUCACUCCGCCAUUGAUAAUCACAGAGGAGCAGCUGCGAGAAUGUAUAGAUAUCAUUAAGAAGACGAUAACGGCCAUGUAGUAGUGACGACAACUGUGUUUGCUAAUUAUUGACUGAGUGAUGCGGGUCAAUCCUAGUGUGUGUUCUGUAUAUCUUGAAUACACACAAAUGAGAAAGGAA